CGGUGCGCCUCCUUCCUUCGUCAAGCUUCUUCUACAUAUAUUCAAAACAACAGUGUAGCUAACUGUACAAAAAUUGUGUAAAAAUGGCAGUUCAUAGAGACGGUUUAAUUGAAGAAGAAGAAAACGAAGAAGAUAAUGCUCUUUUUGAACAACCUGGUUUAAUUGAUCUUGAUUCCGAUACUCCUCCUCACCUCCGUGACCUCUCCGCCGCUGCUCAGGUGGGCGACGUCGUCGCUCUUCGACGCGCUCUAGAUAACUUAAAUGGAAGCAUUGAUGAACCAGUAGAGGAUGGGGACACAGCUCUUCAUCUGGCCUGUCUUUAUGGUUAUUUACCCUGCGUUCAGCUACUUAUCGAAAGGGGAGCAAACUUGGAGGCUAAGGAUGAAGACGGGGCAAUACCUCUGCAUGAUGCUUGUGCCGGGGGUUUUAUGCAAAUAGUGCAACUAUUGUUGAACAGUGCUAAUGACUUGGAUCGUGUCAAAAGGAUGCUAGAAACAGUUGAUGCUGAGGGUGAUACGCCACUUCACCAUGCAGCGACAGGUGAACAUGUGGAUGUUAUAAGAUUGCUGCUAGCUGCUGGUGCUUCCGUUACAAAAACAAAUGUAUCUGGAAAAAUCCCAAGUGACCUACCAGAACGAGACACAGAAGCUAGAACAGUAUUGGAUUCUGCUGUUUCAAGCCAGUAGGCUGUUACAGCACUCUCUUCUGGAUUUGGAGCAGGCUCUUUCUGCUUGUUGUUAGGAGGUACGCCGUUUAUUUUGCUGUGACGUUUGGCAUUUGUUGCCUUUUUUAGUAUAGGCAUAGGUAGCAUCCCGAAAAUACAAGAUUUCAUGGGAAAUGUUUGCUUGUUUUGGAAUUCAAGAUAGGAUACGUACUAUAUUUUCAUCGACAGCUGGGAGAGGUUAUUAGUAUUGGGGAUAAGUUAUAUAGAGCAGACACGAGCUCUGAUGAUGCUGUGUUUUUGCUUCCAGUAUAUUUCUGCAAACAUUAUUAGAUUUUUUCUUGUGUCUGGUAAAAAUAGAAUUUCAUAUUAGAACCUAACUUUUUGUUGCUAUGAUAUCUGAUUUUAGUUAUGUUA